GUUUGUGCCUUACAAGGUACGAAAACAAGAUUAACCGCCACAUAUCAGUUUCACCUUGUUUUCGCAUUUUCAGUUGAAAUCGGACGACGCGACGACAAUGUAUUUUUCACGGCCGAUCACCCAUUUAACCCCCAAAAAUAAUUCCACCAUAACCCUAUAUAAAAAGAAAAGGAAAAAUCCAUGCUUGGCGGAGCAAAGCUACUCAUGAAUCAACAGAUUUUACGAUUGCCGGCAUGAGCUAUCCGCAGGCUCCGGCACCGCCGCCGCCGAUGCAGGCUCCGGUGGCCGUGAACGUCCUCGGCCCACAUUUCUGCGUGGGGUACCCCGUCGAUCUCACCGUCCAGAAGAAGCUGAGCUUUUCGGAGGGGAAUUUCGGAGUUACAGACAUCAACGGCAACGUCAUGUUCACCGUCAGAGGGAAACUAUUCAGCCUCCGCGACCGCCGGGUCCUCCUUGACGCCUUCGGAAACCCUGUCAUCACGUUCCAGCAAAAGAUCUUGUCAGCACAUCGAAGGUGGCAAGUUUUCCGGGGCGAGAGCACAGAGCCAAAAGACCUUCUCUUUAGCGUCAGAAAGUCUUCGAUUAUUCAGUUAAAAACGAAGCUCCACGUGUACAUGGCUGCUAACACGUCAGAAGAUGUUUGUGACUUCAGAAUUUCGGGCAGCUAUUUCGAGAGGUCAUGUGUUAUAUACUCCGGCGACUCUAACAGUAUCAUUGCCCAAAUGCAUAAAAAGCACAAUGUGCAGAGUGUUCUGCUGGGGCAAGAUACAUUUGGGGUGACUGUUUAUCCGUACGUGGAUUAUGCAUUUGUAACUGCCCUUAUCGUGAUUCUUGAAGAAAUUAAUCUGGAUAGAAAUGGUGAAGAUUGAAUGCGAAUAUUCGAAAUGCCCUAUUAUAGAGCAUUUCGUGUGCUUUUCUACUUCUUGAUGUACUUGGUUACAGAGAGGUAUGAUUUUACAAGUCAUUUGGGACAUAUUUAAUGUUCUUAACAAAUGAUUUGGGAAGAUUCAUACAUAAUAUAUAUAUAUAUAUAU